AUGAACUCUACUAUGCACCCUCACCCCGCCCAGUUUCUGUUCCACCUCCUUGCCAUUAAGUACUAUUUUUCUUCAAAUCUAUUUAUCUUAGAGCGCAGUGCCUGGCAUUACUUAGCUGCAGAGAUGAGUAAUGAAAAAGCAACAUAUGCAGAGAUAAAGUCAAAAAGGCAACAAAUAAAACUUAAAGGCACUAAAGGCUUCACUUCAGAAACAGAGCAAGAAAUAUGCUAUGCAAAAUUAAAUCUUCAAAAUGCUACUCAGUCUCUGCAGGGAAAUGACAAGGACUACUGCUGCAAAGGACUAUUGUCACCUCCAGAGAAGCUCAUUGCUGGGGUCCUGGGAAUCAUUUGCUUUGUCUUGAUGUGCCUUGUGUUACAAAUGCUUAUUACUUAUUCUCAAGAUAACUCUCUGGUGUCUCAUUGUGCCCAUUGUCCUCCUGAGGGAUUUACAUAUUCCAACAAUUGCUAUUAUACAACGGAUGAAAAAAUGUCAUGGAAUGAGAGUGUGAUGGCCUGUGCUUCUCACCAGUCUAACCUUCUUUAUAUAGAAAGUGAAGAAGAAAUGAAAGUCCUGGCCUCCAUAUUACCUAAGACUUGGGUUGGAAUAUUUCGUAACAAUAGACAACAGCCAUGGAUGUCAAUAAAUGGUUCAACUUCCAAACUAACGAUUAACGAAUACCCAGGUGAAGAAAAUAACUGUGCUUUAUUAUUCAUAUCUAGACUCAAUGCACAGUUUUGCAAUUCUCCAAAUUCAUAUUGUUGCAAGCAUAAACUUCAGAAUUAG